AUGGAUACAUCGUCAGCAACCGCCAUCAACCGCCCACAACAAAAUAUUUUGAAACGUUGUCUGUUGGUUACGAAAUUGCCAAAAGCGCGUUUCUGGGAAGUGGAAGACAUCUUCCACUGGGAAGGCUUCUGGUUCUGGCCAGACGUUCUGAAACUGGUCAUGACCUUCCGGUCCAGCUUCACCGCCGGAAACGACGACGUUUUGCUCGCCUCCGCCAUGAAAACCGGCACCACGUGGCUCAAGUCCCUCGCCUUCUGCAUCCACCGCAACGGCGGCGCCGGCGACGCAAUCGCCGCCGAGAAUCCCCAUUUCCUCGUACCCACCGUCGAGGUUUCGCAUUUCGCCGUCAAACCCUACGAGAUCGACAUCUACGACGCGUCUGCUCCGCGAUUGAUCCACACGCACAUCCCCUACUCUCUCCUCCCCGAUUCGAUCAAAACCUCAUCGUCUUCAACAAAAAUUGUGUACAUCGCUCGAAACCCUAAGGACACGUUCAUCUCCAUGUGGCAUUUUUACAACUCCAGUUUGUGUCGGAUCCCUAUCGAGACGGCCUUCGAUUACUUCUGCUCCGGCGUCUAUAAUUGUGGAUCGUUAUUCGACCACGUGGCGGAGUAUUGGAUCGAGAGCCGGAAACAGCCUGAGAAGAUCCUGUUUAUGAAGUACGAGGAGCUGAAGAACAAUCCGAAAGCGGAGGUCUUGAAAAUGGCGGAAUUCAUGGGGAGGCCAUUGGGGAGUGAGGAUGAGGCAGAGAAGAUUCUUUGGAGAUGCAGUUUGGAGAGAUUAAGGAAUCUCGAGGUGAAUAAGAAUGGAAAGGUUUUUAUUUACACGUCGAAUAGUAGCUUUUUUAGGAAAUGGGAAGUCGGGGAUUGGAAGAACUACUUGACGCCGGAGAUGGAAGAAAAGAUCGAUCGAAAGUUGCGCGAUAAGCUUGAGGCCAUCGGGCUUUUUCUUUGA